AUGUCUCAUACUACUAAAGAAUACCUACCAAUUGUUUUCACUGAUCUCUAAAUCUCUACCAAAAUUUAACCAAGUGACUAUUACAUUGAAGAAAAGUAAUAUUAUAAUCAAAUCAAGACUCCCAAUUAUCAAAUAGUCACAUCAUUCAACAUCUCAACCUAAAUUAUCCAAAGUCAUUUCUCCAUCAAAAACCCAAUAAGAAAUAAUUAAUUAUUAAAAUAACAUUAAAAAGAUAGUAUUCCCAAACAUACUUCAAAGAACUAAACAAGACAUCAAAAAAUAUCGAAAACAUCAACUCUCUUUGAUAAGUGAUGAAAUUUCAACUUCAUAACCUAUUAACGAAUUAGAACAUAAAAAAGUUAGCAAAACAAAUAGCUAAUCUCCUCUUAAAUUGCAUUCUUAAUAACAAAGUUAUAUAAGCAAUCAUCCAAUAAGAACUGAUCUUUCUUCAUUAAUAUUCGAUAAUAAUUUGGAAUCCUAUUCAAAUGAUUCUAUCAUUAAAUUUCGUAAACUAAGGUAACUUGUGCAAUAUAAUUUAGUCCGACAUUCAAUGAAACAUCUUGGUAAAAAAUAGAUAAAGUAAACAGAAUCAAUUUAGCACAUGAAGUCUAAAAAGAAAUACAUCAUUUAGAAAGAUUCAAUACAUAUUGGAAACCAGAUAUGAUUAAUUAAUUUCUAUAACUCAAAAUUGUAUAAUAGGGUGUCAACUUUAAAAGAGGCAAUAAAAGAAUAUUUAUAUUAAUGUACUUACCUCAUUAAACUCUUGUUUUAAAAAGUUCAUAAGUUGAAGUAAAAAAUAGGUAUUUAUUUAUAAACAAUUUAAUAGUCCCUUUUCAUUAUAAUUAAAUUCAUUAGUAUAUUUUGUUCCACUUUAUGAGAAAAUUAAUAAUGUUAGUGAAUUAACAGAUAACUAUAAUAUUUGGUCUAAACACUUUUUAGAUUUACUACAUUAUAAAUAGCAUAUAAACACAGUAAAGUUUUACUUUUUAGAUGGUAAAGAACUUUAAACAUUAAAUUAAAUACCUUCUUAUGAAAAAUUUAUAUAUUGCAAUUUACAUGUAAAUGAAUUAUUAAUAAAUGAUAGGGAGAAUUCGAUAUUUGGAAUAGAAUAGGAUAAACAUUAAAUUUAGGAGGACAAUUCUAAUUAGAUAAAUAUGUAAAAUUAGCCACAAAAAUGGUAGAUUUAAGAUCAAAGGAUGAUAUUAUUAAAUUCUUUGGUAAGAGAGAUAAUUUUCUGCCUUUUUAUACUAUGGCUUAUAAUUAAAUAGAAGAAAGUGUGAAAUCACCUAUUUUAUAAUAAAUAGAAACAAUUCAGUAAGAUGCAGAUGAUGAAUAAUUAAAUGAUGAAGUAAUUGAUUAGUCUAUUUUUCAAAUGAAUAAGAAUUAAUAGAAAGCUUAUCUAAAAACAAUAUAGUAUCAUAUUCUAUAAAAUAAAACUAAAUAUUCAGAACAUUUAGCUAAUGAAGAAGCUGGAAUGAGACAAAGAAAACAGAAUAUUAAAAUAAUUAGAAGAAAAUCAAUAGAAAUUUAAUUAAAAGGGGUAUUAUAUUAUUUAUCAUAUUUAAAUAGUAUAAAUAAAUGCUUGAUCCUAAUGAAGAAGCUCAUAUAGAAAGAAAAUUAUUACAUGAGAACACUUAAUCAAUAGAUGAAAUUAAAGAAGAUGCUGCAGAUAAAGUAGAUGUGUUUAAAAGUGCAAUUUAUAAAAAGUUACCAAAAAAAAUAGAAUUAACUAAUGAUCCAUUUUAAAAUUUCUCUUCAAAAGAUAAUAAAAAAUUUAAAGAAAUAAUGAAGUUGAUUAAUAUUGAAUAAAUAGUAUUAGAGAAAAAAAUAAAUAGAUAAGAUGUUAUGCAUUAUCUAUCUUUAUUCAAAGCUUUAAUGGAUUCAGAUAAUCUUAAUUAAUUUACUACUAGUCAAUUAGAUUAUCCUUCUUUAUAUAUUUCUAGGGAACAAUUAAAAAAAAGCUUGCCAUAUAUCAUAUUAUAUAAAAAUCAGUUAAAUACUGGAAAAUUAAAUGAAAUAUAUGAAAGAUAAUAUAAUUAUGUUGAAUUCUUGGAUUUCUUAGAUAUCUUUACUACUGAAUAUAUAGUCUCAGAUAAAGAAUUAGAAAGAUUAAAAAAUUAAAAAUAAGAUGCAUAUUGA